GUUCAGUCCAAUUCAACUACUCACGGUAUAGACACGCGUUAAAAUGGCGGAAACCGACGCCGUUACUUUUUGGGAUGAGCUGACCAGUCCCAUCAAUUUAGUUUUGGUGUUUUUUAUUUUAUACCUUGUUUACAAGAUCGUAAAGUCGCAUUUUGAAAGUGUUGAACCCGCGCCGCCAGCUCCGCCGCCUAUGCCGAAACUCAGGAAGGACAUGACGGUUGCGGAAUUGAAGAAGUACGAUGGAACUGACGCGGAAGGGAGGGUGUUGCUGGCUGUGAAUGGCAUUAUCUUCGAUGUGACCAGGGGAAAGAGAUUCUAUGGGCCAGGAGGUCCAUAUUCAGCGUUCGCGGGUAAGGACGCUACACGAGGUCUUGCCACAGGGCAAGUAGCUGCUUCGGAUACAGAGUAUGAUGACGUCAGCGACCUCGGUCCUGACGAAGUUGCAUCGGCCAAAGAAUGGGAAGACCAAUUCAAAGAGAAAUAUGACAUCGUGGGACGACUUCUGAAACCUGGUGAGACUCCAACCGUGUACAGUGACGAAGAUAGCGAAGAUAAGAAAUCGCAAUAAAUAUUAGACAAUUUUACAAUAUUGUGAUAUAUACUAAAGUAAGUUUGUUGGGUUAUGUUAUAUUAAAAUAGAUAUAGAAAAUGUUUUUCAAAUGUAAGCUAUUAAAUUUAAUA